AAACUGUUUCCUUUAAAAGUUGCGUAUGCAAUUUUAGAACAAUAUGUUUGGCAAGGAUUUUCUCCUCUUCUACUUAAUGUUUAAAUCUGUUAAAGCUCUUGAUUUAAUCACAUUGGAAGAUUAAGAUAUUAAGGGCCUUGUUUUAAAGGGCCUUACAGAAGGUUGCGGGAUUACUGGCCGUGGAAGUGGCUGUAGCCGGAGAGUCUCGCCAGUGGAUGAGUUGAAUUUACCCCGGGACAAGACAACCAUAACAGGCCGGGAUGGAACAGUUAACAGAUAAGGACCGAUUGAAAAUGGAGGUAGACCAACUUCGUAAAGAAGUAACGUUAGAGAGGAUGCUGGUGUCUAAAUGUGCCGAGGAACUGAAGGAUUACAUUGAAUCACAGUCUGCAGAAGAUCCUUUAAUAAAGGGAAUCCCUGAGGACAAGAAUCCCUUCAAGGAGAAGGGUGGCUGCAUCGUCUCAUAAAUCAGAGAGGACUCACAGCCUCGGGGCAUCACAACUUAGUAGUCAUUAGUACUAUGAAACCCUACAGAUGCUGAAUCUCAAGGUGGGAAAAUGGAAUCAUCAUCUUGGUGCAAAAAAAAGAGAAAUUUUGGCAAUUUCUACCAAGAAUGUCAAGUUAUCAUCUGAGAAAAACAUAAUUGCCAAUGUGUGGAAGCUAAUCCGAUAAGAAGUUACUAUUUAGCAUUAAGAUCUGUGCAAUGAACUUAUUUUGAAAUUGAAAAGCGUACAUAUCCUGGUAAGUGUUAAACUUGAACCUGUGCAUUGAAAUUUAUCAUUAAAAUUUCUAUCAUUUUCUACUUCAAAUACCAUAUUGUAAAACCACAAAAGUAAUAAAAUUGUUACACUUUA